AUCUGAGAUGAUCUUGUAACAAAUGUCUGUGGUUGUACGUGUCUUGUAGUCACUGCAGUGCAGAGUGACUCUAGAUAGGGAAGUAUACAGUACAAAGCUGCCACCCUUGGGCCCAGAAGGCAUUAUUCUCACAAUGUCUUAGGGGUGACUGGAGCCACAAGCCUUCUAGGAGGCCCUGUGGUUUAGCUGAGACUAGCCGUCUGCACAAGGCUGCACUCUGAGGGUACUUCAUGUCACUGCUCCCUGCUUUCCUCUGCAUUUUCUUCUGUGCAUCCAAGAAGCCCAAGCUCUACCCUGGCUCUCAUGGGGAAGGCUCCUCUCUCUUCCCAUUUGGAGCCAGAACUAGCUGAUAUUUCAGGAAGUUCUUCUGUUCCUUUCCUCUGAACAUGAAGCACUGUUCAGGAAAGCUCGCUUGCCUGAGAUGACCUGUCACGGCCUUGGAUGCUUGCAGAGGGACCUGAGGGGUCAGGAGGCAAGCUUGGCCUUUAUUGAGCAGGUGUCCCCGAGAGUCUGACUUGGAGGUUCUGUUAGAUGUAAUUGAUGGAAUGCAGCUAAGAAAGCAAUAGAGGGGAUGUUCUGUCUUAUAGAUUACAUGGUACCAGAAGACACAUGAAAAACUGAAUCAAGCAAAACAGCAGCCAGGCCUGGUGGAACACCUGCAAUCCAGGCUUCUUGAGAGAAUGAUGGAGACUGCCAAGACCUAAGGCCAGGGCUAAGUUGCAAGCCUCUGUCUCAAAGUGUUAAAAACAAAAGGCCUGAGGAUGUUAGCUCAGUGGUAGAACGCUUGCCUGGCAUGCAAAAAGCCUGUGACCAAUCCCUAGUACUGAAAAUUUUAAAUAAGAGGAUGAAAGAAGUGAAAAAGGACGUGUAGAGUCAUGUGACACCAUCCUACUUGUGGUAGCACUGGUGAAACCAUCAAAUAUGAUGUAAAUCAUCACCUCGCACAACUGAGGCCAGACUAAAGAAUGUGGCCAGGGCUUUGCCACCUAGCAGCACCCACCAUCAGCAGUUUUCAUUUCAGUGAAUCUGUAGGCCGAGUGUGGCAGCUCACACCUGCAGUCCCAGGAUACAGGUGGCUGAGGCAGGGCCAGCAUCUACAGAGCAAGUCCUUCGCUACAGCACAGACCACAGGGCAAGUCCUUAGCUACAGCACAGACCACAGGGCAAGUCCUUAGCUACAGCACAGACCACAGGGCAAGUCCUUAGCUAUGUAAUGUAAUGAGACUCUAUCUCAAAACCAAACACAAGCAGAGGAGCCUGCCCAGUCACGUCCUUUGGUUGUUUAGCAGCAAUUCUCUCUGUGUCUGAAGGGUGUAUCCUUAAUAUUAGAAACCUUAUUUUACUUCCCAGGGUGUGAUAUUUAUACUUUAUACUCAAGGAGAAAUGUCUGUGUUGCUAUGUGUUUAGACAGUUGCGAAAGCUUGGCUUAGAAAGUAAUAUCUUUAAUUUCCAAUAGCUAGAAAGUGUAUAAUUGAAGAAACUGAAGCAUUUCUUUCUGUAUCUACCUACAGAGACUGUGCAAGACACACAGUUAGUUCAGCAGACAGUCAUUGUUGACAGGCACAUCUUAUCUGCCUGCUCUGCAGAGUACAAAAGGCAGUUUACUCUCAAGGUGGUCAAGGAUGAUGAAUAGCCAAAUCUUCAAAUCUGUUGAUAGGACCUGGGGCUAUUCUGGGACAGAGGAGGGUAGGAUGAAGUGUUGGGGUAGAGCAAUCAGAGGUCUGUGCACAGGUAAUUAAAUGGCAUGGCUUUUUCUGGGACACAGGCUCAGAAAUGAGGUCAUCAUAUGAUCUAAAGGUGAAGUUUUCAUCCCCAGACACUGUGUUAGGCCCAAGUGAAGAGGCAGUGAUUUUAACAAAGUGGACUAAAGGUCUCCAAAAAGUAAAGUGGGCAACUGUUAUUACCAUGAUCCACUUGUCAAAGGAGUUAUGUACAGCAAAAUAGUAGGAAAAAUAGUAUUUCAUUAGUCUGCAGAAUCUCCAGAGGGAUGAUUUUUGAAGCCAGCCAAAAGCAGGUAACCAAGAGGUUGAGGUUCAGAGGGGAGGUAGGGCAAGCAAGGAUUUUGUUACCUGUGUGUGUAAAAGAAUUAGGAUGCCUGAUUCACCCACACAGCCCCUGAAAGCUCCAACCCUAAAGUGACACAGCCCUGCCACUAACCAAGGGCAGCUGGUCUUCUAAAUGGCGUGUGUUCACGGUGCUGCUCUCAGGCUGGUUGGGCUUCUGGAUGCUGCUGGUAGUUCUAGUCGCUCUCCCUCCCUCUCUCCUCUCUUCCCCUCUCCUCCUCUCCCUUCUCCCUCUCUCCCUCUCACUUCUACCCCCAUUCUUCUCCCCCCUCCCCCUUCCCCCUCUCCAAUGUUCCCUCUCUUAGUUUUUUUCAAGACAGGGUUUCUCUGGAACUGGCUCUGUAGACCAGGCUGGUCUUGAACUCACAGAGAUCCUCCUGCCUCUGCCUCCCGAGCACUAGCUGCUGGGAUUAAAGGCCUGUGCCACACACUUUGUCCUGGCAAGUUGCUUCUGAACUCUGAGGGAUACGGAUUUACAGUGAGAAGCCCUUUUCUGUAAAUGCCUAAUAGGGGGUUGUGGCUUUAACUUGAAUGUUGAGUGUUUUUCACAAGCCCAGGGCUCUUUUGUCUGCACUGAAUCUAAGUUGUUGCCAGCCAUAGCCAGCAUUCCAGAUGUUAGAGUCAGGAUAGAACAGCUGGCAGCAUGUAUAAGGCAUUUAUGACUGGAAUACAUAGCAUGACACAGAGUUAGUAACACACGUAGGCAGGUGUCUUAGAGUUGAUGAUGUGCAGGCUGCUGCUGUAGCUGACCAGUUGGGCUGGUCACACUACCCAGGUGCCCUUCUUCUUCUUCUUCUUCUUCUUCUUUUUUUUUUUUAUUGAUUUAUUUUUUGUAUUUGAGUGCUGUAGCUGCAUGUAUACCUGUGUGCCAGAAGAAGGCAUCAGAUCGUAUCAUAGAUGGUUGUGAGCCACCAUGUGUUGCUGGGUAUUGAAUUUAGGACCUCUGAAAGAGCAGCCAGUGAUUCCAACUUCUGAGCCAUCACUCUAGCCCUCAGGUGCUGGCUGUUUUUUGUUUUGUUUUGUUUUGGUUUGGUUUUUGGUUUUUCGAGACAGGGUUUCUCUGUAUAACCCUGGCUGUCCUGGAACUUACUUUGUAGACCAGGCUGGCCUUGAACUCAGAAAUCCACCUGCCUCUGCCUCCCGAGUGCUGGGAUUAAAGGUGUGCGCCACCACUGCCCAGCUCAGGUGCUGCUUUUAAUAUUUAUAGAAAUGUAUUAAUUACCCAGUGUCCCCCACUCCAAGGCCUGAUGUUCAUAUCUCACUUUAAGAAUGAGGAAAUCAGGGGCUGGAGAGAUGGUUCAGCGGUUAAGAGCACUGACUGUACUUCCAAAGGUCCUGAGUUCAAAUCCCAACAACCACAUGGUGGCUCACAACCAUCUGUAAUCUGAUCUGAUGUCCUCUUCUGGUGUGUCUGAAGACAGCUACAGUGUACUUACGAAUAAUAAAUAAAAAAAAAAAGAAUGAGGAAAUCAAAGUCCAGAAAAAGAAGCAACUUGCCUAAGGCUAUCCACCUUAAGUGGUAGAAGUCCUUGGAGCUAAGCCCGGCUCCAGAGUCCGAGUCCCCAAGCAUGUCCAGGCACUGGCCCUGUCUGUGUCCUCUCCACAGAUGGGCUAAGCAAGGACUGAAGGAGAGGUAGUAAUCCAGGGUAAAGCUCUUCAGAGAGGCCAGAGCCGCACAUCAGUGAUCACUCAGGUCUGUGACUCCUUCACUGUGCCCCUGGCGUGACCAGGGCUUUCCGUGAGUGCCUCUCCAGACUGUUGCUUCUCAUGAUAAUGAUGCAGACUUCCUAAGAGUUCUCGGUCACUAAAGCUUUCGCUUCAGAUAGAGGUCACAUGACUUGAAUAACUGCUUCCUCUGUCCAGUAGAGCACAUAGUAGCCCUGUCACACACAAAAGAACAACCACGGAGCUGAGGGCCACAUCAUGCUGGCUUUGGUGAGUAGCCACUCACAUGUACCAUGUGUGAGGUCUGGGGUGGGCACGAAUCUGAGAAGGUGGAGACUCGGCAUCGUAGGUGUGGUUUUUGACAUUCAAGAUGCAUGUAGUCUAUUACAGAAAUAGCUAGAAGAAGGGGUCCUGUGGCUGUUUUUCCUUUGUCCAGCAGGUGCCAGGGAAGGCAGGGCUGAUGGGAACUGGAGACUCUAGGCUUCCCUGGAAGGUCCUGCCUCGGCCGUUGCAGAGGUGGUAAUUCAGAGGAUACAGGAUGGCCCUGGGUGGAGAGGCAGCCUCUGGGAGGAGGCAGGCAGGUCUCUGGGAAGCAGAACCAAGGAUGCUGCUUGCUGAGGCUGCACCCCUGGCUGCACAGUUGUUGCUCCUCACCUGUCCCCUCCCUCCUUUUGAAUGCUUAGUGUCCUAAACCCUGAGACCCUCUAGUGGCAACAGCCUGUGUUUACCUCAUUUCAAGAGGAAGAGGCUGGCUCAGAAGACCAUUUAGAAGACAAGCUGCCCUUGGUUAGUGGCAGGGCUGUGCCACUUUAGGGUUGUAGCUUUCAGGGGCUCUGUGGGUGAAUCGGGCAUCCUAAAAGCAGUCCAUGAUAUUGGGAGAAUGAAACAAGGUAAGAGAAACCAACCAGAGUCGGCUUGACUGAGGUCAUAUUGCAUCCAUCGUUCCCCCGCGUAGCCGGUGUGUUGUGACUCACCAGCAUGAAGCAGAGCUGUAGUGCACAAGCUGCUGUACCAAGUGAGCGACACUUCAUCAGGUGGCCCCUGAGGACCAACAAGGAUAGCACCAGUUCAGAUCCAGUAUUUAGCACAUUUAAUCCUACCUUGAUUAAGAGGAUCCUUUAGUUUCCCUGUACGCAUGUAUGAAGGAAAACUGUUGGCUAGGUUUUUUUAUUGAACACUUCUUUUGUGCUGGGUAGUGGUGUCUCAUACCUUGAUCCCAGCACUCAGAAGGCAGAGGCAGGUAGAUCUCUGUGAGCUUGAGGCCAGACUGGUCUACAGAGCAAGUUCUAGGACAGCCAAGGCUACACAGAGAAACCUUGUAUCAACCCCCUCCCCCCACACACACAUACACAUACACAACACAACUACUUUGCAUUUUAAAUUAUUUUUUCUUCUCUGUGUGUGUACACAUGAGCCAUGUGUAUGCACGUUGGUCAGAAGAGGGCAUCUGAUCCCCUGGAGUGGAACUGAAGUUUCGGAUUGUUGGGAGCACCUGACGGCGUGCUGGGACUUGAACUCCGGUCUCUGCAAGAGUGGUAUCUAAGUUAACCACUGCACCAGUCUCCAGCUCCCCUGGCUGUCUUGGUUAUACAGCAUUCCUAGUAGUUUCCUUCUGAAUGUCCGACUCAGAAUGACUGACAGCUUUGUUUCCCUGACUGUCAGGUUCUGCCAUUCAGCAUGUGUGUGAGACAACACUUGUCACUGGAGUGUUUCUUUCUGAAACGAUGACACCAUCCUACUAGGGGUUUUGUGGGUUUUAUGGACCUGUAUUAAAUGAUACAUAAUGAUGGCUUUCAUCUGGCAUUUUCAUCCAUGUCUAUGAUACGCUUUGAUCUUAUCUGCCCUCUCUACCAUCUUUGUCCCUCUCCUGCUAAUCCCACUCCUGUUCCCCACUAACCCUCUCCCUCUUUCCGUCUUCUAAGGAAAUAGUUGGUUUUGCCCUAUGUGUGUAAGUGUCUGCUUGCAUGCAUAUGUGUGUAUCAUGGGUGUGCUGGUUUCUUUCUGUGUGUGAGACCCAGUGAGCUUAGGGUGAGCUUAGGGUUGCUCGUCAGAGCAUGGCUGAGGGGUUGUCUGAGGGAGCAUGGGCACUGACCAGAAGAUCUGCCACUGAGGAAAAUGUCUCCAGAAACUGCGUGUAGGUCCUGAGGGAGGGGUGGGGCCCCAUGUGGUCCAUUUCCCUCUCUUACAGAAUGUGGAUGGGCUAGCCUAGGGAAGCUUGUGUAGGCGGCCACAGCUGCUGCAGGUUCAGCAGUGCAGCGCAUGUCAGGCCAGAAAGACAGCGCUCCAGGCACUUUACCACAGCUUCUGGCUCCUCCCAACUCCCCCCCCACCCCACCCUCCUGCAGUGUCCCCUGGGCCUCAGAGGUUUGGUUUUUGUGUCUGAGUCCAGCAGUUGCAGCUGUGUAUCCUCAGAACUCCAGCAGUUGGGAGUUUGUAGCCCUCCUGUUGGUUAGGAGUCCUGAGGUGUCUCAGCUCCUUGGUUAUGAUACGGCAUGUGCUCAUCUGUGUGCUUCUGAUGUCCUCGUGGGGAGCUUGGAGUGUCUGUCUCUGGUGUAAAGUGUGGAGAGCCGUGCCCACCCACUCAUGUCUCCAUCUCCAGCCCUGUCACCCAGUUCACAGUGUGGUAGAGUUGGUGAGCAGUCAGCGUCCCAGAAUGCACUUCUACCUUGCAUCUCUAUCCAGGAAGCAGGCCCUGUCUGAGAGGUGAAGAAAUGAAUUUCAGAUAAAAAUGAAACGUUUUCAUUUUCAGUUGCCUAAGACAAUGGACUUUCAAAGCGCAGAACUGGAAGGAGUCUGUCCUUGAGUUUGCCAUGGCUAAUAAGCGAGAGCUGCCAGGUUCUCACUCAGGUUCCUCUCCCCUCUGGUCACUGGCUCUGGGCUCAUGGCUCUCUGCUUUUCCUUCAGAGCCUUUUGUGAGAGACACGGUGUUCCUUGGAUCACACAGAGGCCUGCCUGUAUACACACAUGAGGUGGGCAUGACCUUUGGGCCUCCAGUAUGGAGGACCACUUGGCUGUGCUAUGUUGAGACCAGCAUGCGACCAGAAAGCCAGACUUUAGCUGGAAGGCAGGGCUGGAUGGGCCCUGACUCACAGUGUGGGUCCGUCACCGCUUGCUGACCUGAUGGUGUUUACAUUAGUGAGGUCCUCUGUGACUCCGUUGCCUCUCCCUGUGACUGUGCUCACUGAGCGCUUACCUGCCGAAGACUCGAGUUACUCAGAUGAGGGAAGUAGCUUUACCAUUUGCCGCCCACCCAGCAGACAGCAGGUUCUCCAGUGGUUACUAAGUGCUCUUCUUCUCUUUCUGUUUGUUCUAGACUGUUUGAAAAGAAGAAACUGGUAGGAGCCAGACAUGCACUGGGCCUGGAGGAUUGGGAUCUGUUGGGGAUGACUGGGUAGUGAGCCCAUUCCUUCCCCAGGGUGUGGACGCUCUGUCUGGAGGAUGCUUUCCCACUGCUCUCCUGGGAGAAGACACCCAUUAUCAGAGAAAAAGAUUAUGCUCUACAUGUAUCAGCUGUGCAAAUCGCUGGACCACAUGCACAGAAACGGGAUCUUUCACAGAGACGUGAAGCCGGAGAAUAUCCUAGUAAAGCAGGAUGUCCUGAAACUAGGGGACUUCGGGUCAUGCCGGAGUGUCUAUUCCAAGCAGCCCUACACAGAGUACAUCUCUACCCGGUGGUACCGGGCCCCAGAGUGUCUCCUCACCGACGGGUUCUACACAUACAAGAUGGACCUGUGGAGCGCUGGCUGCGUGUUCUACGAGAUUGCCAGCCUGCAGCCCCUCUUUCCUGGUGUGAAUGAACUGGACCAGAUCUCAAAAAUCCAUGAUGUCAUCGGCACACCUUGUCAGAAGACCCUCACUAAGUUCAAACAGUCGAGAGCUAUGAGUUUUGAUUUUCCUUUUAAAAAGGGAUCAGGAAUACCUCUACUGACAGCCAAUUUGUCCCCGCAAUGCCUCUCCCUCCUGCACGCAAUGGUGGCUUAUGACCCUGACGAACGAAUUGCGGCUCACCAAGCCCUUCAGCACCCCUAUUUCCAGGUGCAGAGGGCAGCUGAGACACAGACCCUGGCCAAACACAGAAGAGCUUUCUGUCCCAAGUUCUCCAUGGUGCCAGAAUCAUCCAGUCACAACUGGUCAUUCUCACAGGAAGGCAGAAAGCAGAAACAGUCCCUGCGGCACGAGGAGGGCCAUGCCAGACGACAGGGGCCGACCAGCUUGAUGGAGCUUCCCAAACUGAGGCUGUCGGGAAUGACCAAACUGUCAUCAUGUUCCAGCCCUGCACUGCGGUCAGUGCUGGGCACUGGAGCAAAUGGAAAAGUCCCUGUGCUGAGACCCCUGAAGUGUGCUGCUGUGAACAAGAAGACAGACACGCAGAAGGACAUCAAACCUCACCUGAAACACUAUCACCUGCCCACGAUCAACAGGAAAGGGGGCGAAUACUGAACGGCCCGCCACCCAGUCGUCCUCUUGGAGAGCAAGGGCUGGCACCAUGGCAGGCGUAGGCCUCUGCGGCUGAGAGUGGAUGGGCCAGAGGCUGCCCCAUGCUGGUGCUCCUCGCACUGCGUGGUGGCCAGGACAUGCUGCCUUGCAGCCUGUCUCUCUCCACAAGCUGGAGCCUUGCGUGUUUGCAGCUCCAGAGCGGCUGCACUGAAUGUUUCCGUUUAAUAUAUUUGUAAAACCACCUUA